AUGGCAUCAGAUGCAGCUUCCCAGAUCACUGUUGGGGCUCUCAGUGCUAUAUUCGAUGAAACGAAACCUCAAGUUAGAGAGCCAAUCGUACAGUGUGUCCAGAUCAAGCCGCUGCCUCCCCAACCAAACCAUCCAGAACGUUAUCGAGCUGUUUUCAGCGACAUUGCCAAUUACGUCCAGACUAUGAUAUCCACCCCAGAAUCUAACCCUUUGGUGGCUGAUGGCUCCCUGCGGAAGGGAUGCUUUGUCCGACUUAAAUCAUUUCAGGCUAACAUGGUCAAGGGUAAAAAGAUCCUAAUUAUUCUGGACUUGGAGGUCUUAAAGGAACUGGGUGAUGCUGAAAAAAUUGGAGAUCCCAAGCCUUUGGAAGGGAAGGUUGAGGAGGAAGAGAAGCCCCAACCCACCACCAUCUCCAGUAAUGGAUUCUAUGGUAACAAGCUUUCAAGUGGACCACCCCCCAGCAGCCCAAUCGAGGGCCCUCCACCUCUUCACAUGCUACCAUCUAUCCCAUUGAGGCCAUCUCCCCAUAUUCCAACAAGUGGACCAUCAAAGCCCGCUGCACAAGCAAGUCAACCAUUAAGACUUGGCACAACAAGAAUGGAGAAGGAAAACUUUUCAUGUGACAUGUUGUAUGAGCUCAUCCAGGAAGGAGGAGUCUACUAUAUUUCUAGCCCCUGUCGUGUUCAAAUCGCCAAGAAGCAAUUCACGAACCUCAACAAUGACUAUGAGCUUACAUUUGAGCGAGACACUAUUGUUGAAAAGGCAGAGGACCAACAUGACGUACCCCAAAUUCGUUUCAAUUUCACCACUAUCGGAGACCUUCAAUCUGUGGAGAAAGAUACAACUACUGAUGUUAUUGGUAUCCUCAAAGAGGUUGGAGAAACGUCCCAGAUUGUGUCCAAAGGAACUGGCAAGCCUUACGACAAACGGGAGAUUACUCUGGUAGAUAACACGGGAUUCUCAGUCCGGUUGACUGUCUGGGGUGCCAAUGCAGUCAAUUUCAAUGUAGCCCCAGAGUCUGUUGUCGCUUUCAAGGGAGUCAAAGUUUCAGACUUUGGUGGACGGAGUCUCAGCCUACUGAGCUCUGGUUCCAUGGCUGUGGAUCCUGACAUUGGUGAAGCUCAUCGGCUCAAGGGCUGGUAUGAUGCACAAGGCCGAACUGAGGCUUUCGCCUCCCAUGCAUCAUUGUCUAAUGCUACCAACUCUAACAUGAAAGCUGAUGAAUUGAAGACUAUUGCCCAAGUGCGAGAGGAACAGCUGGGUAUGUCUGACCAGGUGGACUAUUUCUCCUUGAAAGCAACUGUUGUCUUCAUUCGGUCAGAUUCUACCUGGUGCUACCCCGCAUGCCUAAGUGAAACCUGCAACAAGAAAGUUACAGAGUUAGACCAAGGCCAGUGGCGAUGUGAAUUUUGUGAAAAAACUCACCCCAAACCGGAAUAUCGAUACAUCAUGCCCAUUAGUGUAAGCGACCAUACAGGUCAGCUUUGGCUUAGCUGCUUUGAUGACACGGGUCGGCUUAUCAUGGGAACCUCUGCUGAUAAUCUCAUGCAACUACGGGAGGAUGAUCAUGCUGCUUUCCUGGAAGUUUUCCAGGAAGCCAACUGUCGAACCUGGAGCUUCCGAUGCCGGGCUAAGAUUGACACUUUUGGUGAACAGCAACGUGUGCGAUAUCAAGUAUCAUCUUCCAAGAUGAUCAACUUUUCUGACGAGGCUUCCCGUUUGGCCGAUAUCAUCAACUCUUACAAUCUGAGUUAG